AGAAACAAAAACCAGAAACUGUUGCUUUAUUGCACGCUCGUUCUCUUCUGAGAAGAAAUAACCCUUCAAAAGGGGUGCCUCAGUGUUAACUUCGCUACGUUCUGUUCCUCUUUCCUCGCUUUCUGUUGAACCACCCUUUGGUUUCUGAAGCUCUGCUACCAAAGUAUAAAACGAAGGAAUUUCCCCCCAGAUCUUCUUCUGCAUAGCCCAGAUCCCAUCCUAUAUGGCCAAGGAAAGUGUUUUUACACCACUGAUCCCAGAAAUAACUAUGACAAGUGGGGUUGAAUUAAGAAGGCACUCUGCUGGAAUAGCAAGUUCUGGAAACAAAGAAAAAGAAGUCAUUGUUCCUCAUUAUCUCAGAGCAUCUAUUGGCUCUUGCCAUGAUAUUUGUAAAUAUGGGAGGAGGCAAGAAGCAAGAGAGGAUCUCUCCGUCAUUAAGAGAGCUGGAAGAAAAUCACUUUGCCGAAGUUCUGAAGACAUUUUUGGUGGGACGAUGACAUCAGUUCCUAAGCAAAGAGCGUCAUUUGAUUCCAAGCAAACAAAAAGGUCAACAGUGAGACACAGUAAAUCAAUUGAUUCUGAGCUCCAGAUUUCUGAUACUUUUGACACAAAUAAGCUGGUAGACAGUAAAAGAGCACCAUUGGUCAGGGUCAGACCAUCAUUCCAUCCAAAAUCACAUGUUUCUUCAAUCCCAGAAACAAGGAGGGGGGAAAUUUCUUCAAGUUUUAAGGUGGAUGCUUCACCAAAACCAUCUUCCAAAAAGGUGGAAACUUCACCAAAAGCAACUUCUGAGAGGGUGAAAACUCACACAAAAUCAACUUCCCAAAUGGUCAAAACUUCAUCAGAAUCUGUGUCCAAGAUCAAGAGAGCUUCAUCAAAGGUGUCUUCUUUUGAAGAUAAAGGAAUGGAGUUGUCUGAUAAGCAUGUGACUUCUUUGAGUCCAGAUUUGAGAACAAUGGAGACCAUAUCUUCUCUGAAAUCUUCUGAGGGUAUUGGUGGCCAAAUGGAUAGUAAGAUCAAGAUGAAAAAAAGAGAAGCCUCAUCCAAACCUUCUCGCGGAAUUAUUUCAAGUGUUAGUGCAAGAAAGCACAAAGGCCUGAAAAUUGUGCCUCGUCUUAUGAAUCAGCUCAAGGUUACAGAAUUUGAACUUGAGGAACACAACAGUGAGACCCAGGAAAAGACUUUGUAUGUCAUCAAGAUGGAAAGUGCAGAGCAAACUUCACACUAUGAUCAGAAUGAAAGCCAGAAUAUUGAAUUAUCCCUUUCUAAUUCGUUGUCACCACCCAAGUUUUCAUCCUCCUCAAUUUCUCAAUCCUCAUCCCAACAAGAUCAAGUGGAAUCUGAGCAUGCAACUAAAGAAUUUGAGGAGGAUUCUUCUUCAGGAAACCAAGAAAUUGAAUACAAGGCUAAUGUGGACACUUUGGAAGCUGAGGAGAAUGGAAAGCCUCAAAAUGGUGAGGUUGUUUGUUCUGAAGACAAGGACCGCCAAAAGCUAAAGGGAGAAUUGGCUGAAACUCAAAUUGAAAGAGGUGAUCUGAAGAGCCUUAAAUUCCAGAGUGGACAAGUGUUGGAGGACAAUGCCACUGAUGCUACUGGUCCAGAGAAGGUUGUUUUGCGACAUCAAGAUGUGCAAGUGCAGAAAGAUAGACAAGGAUUGUAUAAUUAUGUGAUUGAGGAAACAGCAAAUAAACUGGUUGAAACUCAGAAGAGCAAGGUCAAAGCAUUGGUUGGUGCCUUUGAAACUGUAAUCUCUCUGGAAGAAAAAAGGACUUGUGCAAUUGUCAAUUGAUCUGGUAAGAUUUUUUCUGGAUUUCUCUUACUUUGUAAAGAAAUGAUAGGAAAAUAAAUCCAAGCCUGUGGCAGUAAAUGUGAGCCAAAAGCUGAUGGUUCUGUUGAUCAAAAAACAAAUAAAAAGAUAGAUUUGUCUUUUGUCUGUAGAAGACCUGGGUGUGUAGAGUUGAAAGGGGGAUCUUGUGUUCACCACCACUCUAGUUAAAUUGCACAUUAUACUCUUUGUGCGAAAAUACUCAUCAUGUUGUUCUUGAAACUUGUACCUUUUGUUAUUGAU